CAACCUCCUGAGUCCCAAUGUACAAACCUCCGCCAUCGUCUCUCCAUAAACCCUAAAUUCCACCACCCGAUGUAUUCUUCACCUCCGUUUGUUUGAUUUCUCUCCCCUCUCUCCGAAAAGUUUCACCAUUGUAAAGCAAUGGAGUCGUUGAUCGAACUCUGCGAUCUGAUCGCACAAAAUCUUUCGCAGUUUGCUGAUAAAUUGGCUUGGAUUUGUGGCCGAUGUCCACCGAUUGACUCUUCGUUUGGAAGCGAUUCAAUCGAUUCGUUCGAUUUUUUGAGUUAUGUGAAUAAAGCCAGUGAGUUGUCGUCGGAUUUUGCCAUGGCCGUUCCGGAGUAUACGGGAGAGAUUGUGAUGUCGGCGAUUAACAAUGUCAGUGGGGAUUUGGGGGUUUCAAGGGUUUUCUUGAAUGCUCUGUUGCAGUAUUUUCCUCAAAUUCUUCCUUCCUAUGCACACAAAUUAGUGUCCACUCUUCUAGAUCGAUUUGAAAUUUCGGUUCCUAGUUCACCGAAGCAGCUAGUUGCGAUAACACCUGAAGCGUCAUCGUCUCAGAGUUCGCCCCUCAGUGCAAACCAUUAUCAAUCAAAUGAGAGAAACAGUCCAGGAAACGAGGUCAGCAAUGCCUCUAGUUCUUCGAGCGGUGAGGCUUCAAGGGUUACAGAUGAGAAGACCAGUGCAUUGUCGUCGAAAGGAUUGGUGAUGAAUGGGGGCAGCCUUGCGUGUAAGAGCAAUGUGGAUAUAUUUGGUGCUGGUGUUGGGUUCAAUGAUGGAGGAGGAGGCUGUUCCGCGACGUACAAGCGAGUGGUAGCCUCUUUUGAGGAAGAGCCUGUGGAGAGCCUUCAACAACAGGAGAUUGCUUUCAAGCUGAUUGGGACACAUAUUGGAUAAAGUCCAGAUUGACCUUAAGCUUUUGGAACAAGUGAGGGCCAU